CCAAGGAAUGUCAGCUACACGUUAAAAAAAACAAAGAAGAAGAAGAGGAAUAGGACUCUUACUACAUUCUUUAGCUCAGUUACACAACUAAUAACAAGAUUGUGCGAUGGUUUUGGCGCAAAGAUGACCUGCACCUCAUCCUCAUGACCGACCGAGAGUCUCACGUUUAGCAGGUCUAGUUUGAGGUACGCAUGAUGUUUUGAUCAGACCUGAGCCUGACUCGUGGAACACGUGUGUAUGCGUUUGGUGGGUCAGUGUUGAUGUCUGCAGGUUCCACACAGGGUGACCCAUGCUUUCUGAUGAGCUCGACUCCAAACCAGAGCUGCUGGUGCAGUUUGUGCAGAACGCGUCCAUCCCGUUGGUGCAGGUUCUGGAGGACUUGGGGUCCAAACACUCGUGUCUGCCUCUGCUGAGUCCAGCGGAGAGCUCGCUGUGCAGCCCGCUGGAGCUCACAGAUGGAGGCCUGAGCCACGAGCCGGAGAGUUCUCCGUCGCUGUUGGAGUUCACAGGGGUGUCAGGGCGAAGCCCGCUGGUGGUCCAGACGCACUCUCACCCGCCCAGCCCCCCCCCCAUCCUCCAUGACCUCCAGCAGUCAGACAGCACUUCUUAUGUCCUGCUGAACCUCGCAAAAGGCAUCACAGCCUCCUCAGAGUCCCUGAUCUUCGCCGCAGACGGCGGCGGCGAGGAUGACGAUGAGGGGGUCUCGUCAGGGGACUACGGGAUCGACGGCAGCGCUCCGUGGUACCUGCGGGUGCAGGAGCUGGCACACGACAGCCUGAUCGCCGCAACGCGAGCACAGCUCGCCAGAGACGCCAAGGCCAGCCAGGACGCCAGAGCUGCAAGUGUCAGUAACGGUGAUCACACACACAGUUUGACAGCAGACGGGGACAAGCGAGAGCUGCAGUCUAGAGCCAGCCGCCCGCUCUCCAAGCAGAUCCUCCGCUGCUCGUUUGAGGGCUGCUGCAGGACGUUCACCUGGCCCGCUCACCUCAAAUACCACCUCAAAACACACAGGAACGACCGGAUGUUCAGGUGUGGCGCGGAGGGCUGCGGGAAGAGUUUCUACGUGCUGCAGAGGCUGCAGGUUCACAUGAGGACCCACAACGGCGAGAAGCCCUUCAUCUGCAAGGAGAAGAACUGUGGCAAGAAGUUCACCACGGCUGGAAACCUGAAGAACCACCGACGCGUACACACAGGGGAGAAGCCUUUCUUGUGUGAAGCAGAUGGCUGUGGGCGAUCCUUUGCGGAGUAUUCCAGUCUCCGAAAACACAUGCUCGUACAUUCUGGCGAGAAGCCUCACCACUGUGGGAUCUGUGGGAAGACGUUCUCUCAGUCCGGCAGCCGGAACGUCCACAUGAGGAAGAGACACGGGGAGGAGGGGCUUGGCAGUGAAAGCAGAGAAACAGGAGAGGCUCUGACGCAGAGCAGUCUGCUGGAGGCGGACGGUGUGAAUGGAGACGGUAUGGUGACCAUCACGACGACUGUGGAACCCAUGAGUCUUCACCACGCCAUGCUGAGAUCACCAGGCUCUGCAGACUCCGUGGUCGUUCUCUCUCAGCCACAUGAAUUGGUGACGAUGACGAGCGACGGCCACGCGUAUGGAGAUGACGUGGUGACGCUGCUUUAGGCCGCCGUCGCAAGAAACGUCGCACACUGACGCGUCUACGUGUAAAUAGAUGAAUCGCCGAAUUUCACCCCUGUAGAUAUUUGUAAUUAGCAACCGACGAUGGUUUUAUUUUGACGUGCGUGAAACGGCAAAGUUUGUACAAACAACCUUUUUUUCCUCAAGUUUUUUGAAAACAAAUACUCCCAAAGAAAUACUGAGACGGGUUUUAAAAGUUUAUGAAAAUAUAAUGACCGUGUACAUUCUCCUUGUAAACAGUGAGGUUAAAAUGCAGUGAUGUUGUCUCAUAGAAAAUAAUCCCACUUCUACAAUGUCAAAUUUAAAUGUACCAGACACGUGUAUACCCCAUUAUCCCCAUUACCCCUAACUACUACUGAAGCACUGUACAUCACAUGUAUGCACUGGUGUAGCACAACAAGCCAGCAAAACACACAAACAUCAAUCUCAAACAAACCGAGUAGCCGGUAAUGCCCGACGCUGCAUUAACGGAGUGUUAUUGGUAACAUCACUCAAACGUCAACCUCCAGUGCUUCACUUGUUCUCCGAGUAAAACGACACGUUGCUCA